AUGGGUUAUCUCGAAGACGAGGACAAGAAGUACCAGGACGACGUCCAGGCCGUCAAGGCCUGGUGGACCGAUUCCAGAUGGCGACACACCAAGCGCCCUUUCUCAGCAGAGCAGAUUGUGGCCAAGCGUGGAAACCUAAAGAUUGAGUACCCGUCGAAUGUCCAGAGCAAGAAGCUUUGGAAAAUUUUGGAGAGCAACUUCGAGAACAAAGUUGCUAGCUUCACCUACGGCUGUCUCGAACCCACAAUGGUCACCCAGAUGGCAAAGUACCUUGACACCGUCUAUGUCUCUGGCUGGCAGAGCUCUUCCACUGCUUCCUCCACCGAUGAGCCGUCCCCCGAUCUUGCUGAUUACCCCAUGAACACUGUGCCAAACAAGGUAAACCAGCUCUGGAUGGCCCAGCUGUUCCAUGACCGGAAACAGCGCGAGGAGCGGAUCACGACACCCAAGGAGAAGCGCGGAAAUGUGGCAAACGUUGACUACAUGCGUCCCAUCAUGCUGACGCUGACACCGGACACGGUGCGCGGUGCUGCCGGUAUCCACAUUGAGGACCAGGCCCCUGGUACCAAGAAGUGUGGCCAUAUGGCUGGAAAGGUUCUUGUGCCCAUUAGCGAACACAUCAACCGUUUGGUCGCCAUCCGUGCGCAGGCAGAUAUCAUGGGCACCGACCUUCUUGCCAUUGCUAGAACCGACGCGGAAGCUGCUACUCUCAUCACCUCUACCAUCGAUCACCGCGACCAUGCCUUCAUCGUCGGCUCCACCAACCCCAACCUUAAGCCUCUCGUAGAUCUCAUGGUGGCUGCCGAACAAGCUGGAAAACAGGGAGACGAGCUGCAGGCUAUCGAGGACCAGUGGGUUGCCCAGGCUGGCCUGAAGCUUUUCAACGAUGCCGUCAUUGAGGUCAUCAACAAGGGUGCCCACUCUAACAAGCAAGCCCUCAUUGAUCAAUACCUGAAGGCCGCCAAGGGCAAGAGCAACCUUGACGCUCGCGCGAUCGCCAAGAACAUCACUGGACAGGACAUCUACUGGAACUGGGAUGCUCCUCGUACCCGUGAGGGCUACUACCGGCUCCAGGGUGGCACCCAGUGUGCCAUCAACCGUGGUAUUGCUUACGCUCCAUUCGCCGACCUCAUCUGGAUGGAGAGCAAGCUCCCCGAUUAUGCCCAGGCUAAGGAGUUUGCCGAGGGUAUCCACGCGGUUUGGCCCGAGCAAAAACUUUCCUACAACUUGUCGCCUUCGUUCAACUGGAAGAAGGCCAUGCCCCGCGAUGAGCAGGAGACUUACAUCAAGCGCCUGGGUGCUCUGGGUUACUGCUGGCAGUUCAUCACCCUCGCUGGUCUGCACACUACCGCCCUCAUCUCUGACCAGUUCGCCAAGGCCUACUCCAAGCAUGGCAUGCGCGCUUACGGUGAAUUGGUCCAAGAGCCGGAGAUGGAACAGGGAGUCGACGUGGUUACCCACCAGAAAUGGAGUGGUGCCAACUACGUGGAUAACCUCCUGAAGAUGGUCACCGGCGGUGUUAGCAGCACCGCGGCCAUGGGCAAGGGUGUGACGGAAGAUCAGUUCAAGCACUGA